UUGAGAGAAAUUCACCAACAUGCUACUCCAUAUGAGAAAUGGCGAUGGCGUUGAAAACAAAACUGAAAGUAAAAGAGAAUUGGGCAGGUCCUAAAUCGUCCUCUAUAUAUACACGCUUGUUCACUACUCCCUGCAUUACUUAAGAAACUUAGUGCACUUGGAGGAAUGAAUUAAACAAAACAGUCCGUCUGAAGCGCUCCGCCGCGUCGUCUGCAGAGACGCGGGAAUUUAUUCAGCACGCGGAUCGUAGUGUAUACACACUCGACGUUAUUGAAGUGCAUCGUAGGAUUAAAUAAAUGCACUCGAUAAUGUCCACUAUGAUUUCGGACACCACAACAAAUGACUGUGACGUCAAAUAAUGCACUAGUUAAGGAAGAGUGCUAUUUUGGACACAGGAAGCGGUUACGAGUGACAACUGACGUCAAUACCUGCGGGAUAGGAAUCCCUCAGGAGAACCAUUUUGAUUGCUUUAUUUUUCAGCUUCAUCGAGACACCGAGCUUCCGCGCCUCAUUGCUUAACCUUACCAACUAUAACAUCUCAUUCAGUGGACUUUUUUACAUUGACCAAUAAGUUUCCCUAACCUCAGUCUCUCUGACAUAACUGAGAACUGUAAAUACUUCACUUAAUUUUGUCUUUGAAAAAGUGCUAAGCUUAUCAGGGCAGAUGGCAACAUUACUAUUGGAAGAUGGGACAGCAUAUCAAGGCCGUCUGUUUGGGGCUGCAGCCUCAGUGUCUGGAGAAAUUGUUUUCCAGACAGGAAUGGUAGGUUAUCCAGAAGUUCUCACUGAUCCCACAUACAAGUCCCAAAUUCUAAUUCUGACAUAUCCGCUUAUUGGCAACUAUGGCGUUCCGGAAGAUGAGGAUGGAGAGUUUGGACUAAGCAAGUUUUUUGAAUCUAACAAAAUCCACGCUUCUGCUGUCAUUGUUGGGGAAGUCUCUGUAAAACCAAGUCGCAGACGCACAGCCAAGACUUUAGAUCAAUGGCUCAGAGAACAAGGUGUUCCUGGACUGGAAGGGGUUGAUACUCGACAUUUGACCAAAAAGAUCAGAGAAAGGGGAACCAUGUUGGCGAAACUUGUUAUGGAAGGAGCUUCAGCCACAGAUAUUUUAUUUGAUAAUCCUGGCAGCAGAAACCUUGUCAGAGAAGUUUCUAUAGAGAAGCCGAGAGUUUUUAAUUCAGUGGGCUCUGUGAAAAUCACUGUCAUAGACUGUGGCAUCAAGUACAACCAGAUCCGCUGUCUGUGCCAGAGAGGUGCCCAGGUCACUGUGGUUCCCUGGGAUUGUCCUCUGGACCGCAAUGACUUUGAUGGGCUACUCAUAAGUAAUGGCCCUGGCAAUCCUGAGUAUUGUAAGGAGACUAUAAAGAUCAUACGGAAGGUGGCAUGUGCAGAGAACCCCAAACCCAUCUUUGGAAUUGGCCUGGGUCAUCAGCUGCUGUCUCUAGUCAUUGGUGCCAAGACAUAUAAAAUGAAGUGUGGUAACCGUGGUCAAAACCAGCCUUGCAUCCUUAAAGGUACCAAUCGCUGUUUUAUCACCUCUCAAAACCAUGUAUUUGCCGUGGAUCCCAAAACUCUCCCGAAAGAUUGGGAUGUGCUCUUUACUAACGCCAAUGAUCAAACCAAUGAAGGCAUUGUUCAUAACCACAAACCACUCUUCAGUGUCCAGUUUCAUCCUGAACACAUGGCUGGGCCUUCAGACCUGGUCAGCCUAUUUGAUGUCUUUAUAGACACAGUCAGAGAUUUUAAAAUGGGCAAAGCUGGAAAUUCAAUUAAGCAAAGACUAACUGAGCAUCUCACAUUCACCGGAUCCCCUAAGCCUGAAGAGAUUGUGCGGCCUCAUAAAGUUUUAAUUCUUGGUUCAGGAGGACUAUUGGGAUAUACAGGAUCUCAGGCUAUAAGAGCUCUAAAGGAAGAGAAAAUCCAAGCCGUUCUAAUUAACCCCAAUUUUGCCACAGCACAAACCUCAAAGGACCAGGCAGACAAAGUCUACUUUCUCCCAAUCACUCCAGAAUAUGUCACGCAGGUGAUAAAGAACGAGCGACCAGAUGGUUUGUUGCUCACAUAUGGAGAACAAAUGGCCCUGAACUGUGCAGUUGAGCUCACUAAACAGGGAGUCUUAGAAAAGUACAAUGUGCGUGUACUUGGAACCCCAGUGGCCUCCAUAGAGACAACCAGAGACAGGAAGACCUUGGGGGACAAGUUGGGAAGAAUCAAAGAACAUGUUGUUCCCACUGAGGCUGCCUUGUCUGUAGAACAGGCGGUGGCUGCUGCUGAAAAACUCGGAUAUCCAGUGUGGGUCCGUUCUACGUCUGCACUGGGUGGACUGGGUUCAGGCUUUGCUAGUGAUAAAGAGAUGAUGAUUACCUUGGUCACCAAGGUCUUUGCCAACACAUCGCAAGUCUUGGUAGAAAAAUCUCUUUAUGGAUGGAAGAAAAUUGAGUGUGAGGUGGUGCGGGAUGCCUACGACAACUGUUUUAUGGUAUGUAACAUUGAGAAUCUGGAUCCUCUAGGAAUCCACAAAAGGAAGUCCGUAAUGGUAGUCCCCAGUCAGACGCUAAAUGACUAUGAAUACAAUAUGCUGAGAAACACGGCCAUCAAAGUUGCUCGAUAUUUGAACGUUGUGGGACAGUGCAACGUUCAUUUUGCCCUAAAUCCAGAAUCUGAGCAGUACUACAUAACUGAGGUAAAUGCUCAAUUUUCCCGAAGCUCUGCAUUUGUCAGCAAGGCCACAGGUUAUCCAUUAGCGUACAUGGCAGCCAAGCUUGCUUUUGGAAUUCCUCUGCAUGUGCUGAAAAAUCCGGUGAACUCCUCAGCGGCCAACUUUGAGCCCAGUCUGGAUUACUGUGUGGUGAAGGUUCCCUGUUGGGAUUUGAGAAAGUCAAAAAUUGGCAGUUCUGUAAAAAGUGAUGAAGUGAUGGCCUUUGGACGCAGUUUUGAAGAGGCCUUCCAAAAGGCUUUGAGGAUGGUAAAUGUAAACUUUGUAGGUUUUGACCACACCAUCAAGUCAGUAUCUGAGGAGGAGCUGCGGAUGCCAACAGACGAGCGCAUCUUUGUUCUAGCAGCUGCCCUGCAUGCAAGCUACACAAUUGAGCAGCUCUAUGACCUGACCAAAAUAGACCACUGGUUUCUACACAAGAUUAAAAACAUUGUGGACCACCAGAGGCUUCUGGAAACAUUUAAUCAGGAUGAGAGUGCCAUUCCACCUGAGGUGAUGAGGAAAGCCAAACAGCUAGGCUUCUCUGACAAACAUAUUGCCUGGGCUGUGCAAAGCACUGAGUUGGCAGUUAGGAAGAUGAGACAUGAUUGGAAAAUACUUCCUGUAGUCAAAGACACAAUGGCUGCCGAGUGCCCCGCUCACACUGGCUACCUGUACCUGACCUAUCAUGGCUCAGAAAGUGACGUGGUGUUUGGGCCGCCCCAUGUCAUUGUGAUCGGGUCUGGGUUUUCGUGCUUUAGAAGCAGCGUGCCGUUUGAUUGGUGUGCUGUUGGAUGUAUUAUGGAGCUGAGGAAGUUGGGAUACAAAACAAUCAUGGUGAGCUGUAACCCAGAAACGGUCAGCAUGGAUUAUGAUAUGUGUGAUAGAGUCUAUUUUGAUGAAGUCUCCUUUGAGGUGGUAAUGGAUAUAUAUCAGAUGGAAAAACCAGAGGGAGUUAUUCUGUCCAUGGGUGGUGGACAGCUGCCCAACAACAUCGCCAUGUCUUUGCAUCAACAACAGUGUGUGGUACUGGGCACCUCGCCCCUGUUUAUCGACUCUGCAGAGAACCCCUUAAAAUUCUCAAUGAUGAUGGACGCCAUAGGAAUCAACCAGCCUCAAUGGAAAGCUGUGACUGAUACCGAGUCUUCAGUCCAUUUCUGUGAGACGGUGGGUUAUCCCAGCCUGGUGAUGUCGUCUUGCAGCUUUAGUGGUGCUGAGACAAAGGUUGUCUACUCCAGGAGUGACCUGGAACAGUUCCUGUACAAUGCUAAGGCUAUAUCCAAGGAGCAUCCACUUGUCAUCAUUAAAUUCAUUCAAGAUGCCAAGGUAAUUGAUGUAAAUGCAGUGGCCUGUGAUGGAGUGGUCAUCGCUGUAGCAUUGUGUGAACAUAUAGAGAACACAGAGGGACAUUUUGAAGACGCCACACUGGUAACUCCUCCUCAGGACAUCAAUCAGGAAAUGAUUGAAGGCAUUGAAACGAUCAUACACGCUAUUGCUCAGGCCCUUCAGAUUACAGGGCCCUUCAACCUGCAGCUUGUGGCCAAGGAUAAUCAGUUGAAGGUUAUCAAAUGUAGCACGCAAGUCUCGCGCUCCUUCCCCCUUGUGUCCAAAACACUUGCCAUUGAUCUUGUAGCCCUAGCAACAAGAGUCAUAAUGGGAAAGGAAGUUAAAGCUGUAGGACUGCUGACGGGAAAUAAGAUUGUUGGAGUUCAGGUUCCUUGGUUCUUUACCCAUUUGCCUGAUGCAGACGUGCUUCUCGGAGAGGUGGUCUGUUUUGGAGAAACUUUAUAUGAGGCUUAUCUAAAGGUCAUGCUGAGCAAUGGCUUUAAAGUCCCUAAAAAUGGCAUUUUUCUUUCCAUCAAUACCUACCAGGAUAAGAAUGAGCUGCUGUCCACGGUCCAGACCUUGGAGAAUUUGGGUUAUAAACUGUAUGCAAAUCAAAGCACUGCUAAAUUCUACACUGAAAGUGGAGUCAAGGUGAUGACAGUGGACUGGCCUUUUAAAGAAGAGGUUGACUUCUGUGAUGAAGACAAGCAAAAAUACAUAGUGGACUAUUUGCAAGAAAAUCAUUUCGACUUAGUCAUCAAUGUGCCCAUGAGGAAGUCUGGUUCAAGACACCGGCCCUCUUUUAUAAUCAUAGGGUAUCAUACACAUCAAGUGGCCAUUGACUACACCGUACCUAUCAUAACAGACAUCAAGUGUGCUAAGCUUUUUGUUCAGGCACUAAAUCAUACUGGUCACGCUCCUCCAGUAAAGAUGCAUGUUGACUGCAUGACAUCACAGAGUAUCAUACGUUUGCCUGGUUUGAUCGAUGUCCACGUGCACUUGCGGGAGCCUGGAGGCACUCAUAAAGAAGACUUCUCGUCUGGCACAGCUGCUGCCUUGGCUGGAGGAAUCACUAUGGUGUGUGCCAUGCCCAACACCAACCCAGCCAUCACUGACCCAGACACCCUUGGUAUGGCACAGAAGCUUGCCAUGGUUGGGUGCCGCUGUGAUUAUGCUCUUUUCGUGGGGGCAUCAACGGACAACGCUACAAUACUUCCAUCCAUCGCAAGCUCAACAGCUGGCCUGAAGAUGUACUUGAAUGACACAUACUCUACUUUGAAAAUGGACAACGUUAGAUUUUGGAUGGAGCACUUCGAGAAGUGGCCAAAACACAUGCCCAUUGUGGCACAUGCUGAGAAACAGACAGUGGCAGCUAUCAUGAUGGUAGCACAGCUGUAUCAGAGACCUGUUCAUAUCUGCCAUGUUGCCAAGAAAGAAGAGAUUAUGAUCAUCCGCGCUGCUAAACAAAAGGGGAUCCAGGUGACGUGUGAAGUGGCUCCUCAUCAUCUAUUCUUGUGUGAAGAUAACGUAGCUACUAUCGGAGGUGGCAGAGCGCAAGUACGACCCAUACUGGGAACAAGAGAGGACAUGGAGUCAUUGUGGGAGAAUCUAGAUAUCAUUGACUGUUUCGCUACAGAUCAUGCUCCUCAUUCAGUGGAGGAGAAGAACUCGGAGAAACCACCCCCAGGUUACCCAGGCUUGGAAACCAUGUUACCUCUUUUGCUAACGGCAGUUAACGAGGGACGUCUUACCAUUGAUGAUGUCAUCAGGAGGCUCUAUGAGAACCCCAGAAAAAUAUUUGGUCUCCCUGCUCAAGAGGACACUUACAUAGAGGUGGAUUUGGAGCACGAGUGGACAAUUCCAAAGCAAAUGCAAUUUACAAAGUCUAAGUGGACUCCAUUUGAAGGCAUGAAUGUGAAGGGUAAAGUCAUGAUGGUUGUACUCAGAGGAGAGGUUGCCUACAUUGACGGACAGGUGCUUGUACCACCAGGUUAUGGUCAGGAUGUUAAGUUAUGGUCAGCAGCCUCUGCUGUAGCACCGGAGGUUUCUCUCAAUGGUGCUCACAGCCAGACAGCUACAUUUGUUACCAGCGGAUUGCAUCCCACCUCUGACAGCCUUUUUGAAAACACCAAGACAGUAGCAGAAGCAGCAGACAUAAACAAGGCCAUCGCUGAGUUUCUUUGCAUUGACCAAAUACCAAUAAAUACAGUGGAAAGAUCUGCGUUCAAGCACAUGCUAAAGAAACUCAAUGAUAGAUAUGAGUUGCCCAACGCCGACUUUUUCAUGAAUGAGGAAUUGCCAAAACUGUACACAACCACUCGAGAGGUGAUAAAGGCGGAGCUUGAAGGGACUGGAUAUUACGCUUGUACCACAGACCUUUGGACCAACAGCAGGAUUCAAUCCUACAUGACUGUAACAGUUCAGUUCAUAACCAAGAAUUGGCAGAUUCGGUCAUGGUGCCUGGGAUGUGCUGAACUUUAUAGUGACCACAGAUCAGAAAGCAUGAGGGAGGCAUUUAAUGAGAUGUUGGAAGAUGAGUGGGGUAUCAACAUGCACCACAUAGCGGGAAUUACAACUCAAUACACUUCAAACAACACAAAGGCUUUCUUUGACCAUAACUGGAUUCCUUGCUUUGGGCACAAGCUUGACUUGGCGAUACAUGAGGGCCUCAAUAUUGACUUUGUAAGUGCAACCUUGUCUCAACUUAGGACAACUGUCUGUGCUUUUGCAAGAUCUCCCAAACUGACGAGUGAGCUAAAGUCAAAACAGGUUGAACUUGGUCUACCAUUACAUAAACUGAUACAUGAUGUACCUACAUCUUGGGUGUCAACAAACAACAUGAUUAAUUGCUUUUUAAAACAGCAAGCAGCCAUUUGUGCCGUGUUAGCUGAUAACAAAAAUAAGCAUUAUCUUGUGCUUAAAGAAACUGACGUCGCUACAUUGGAGGUGUUGAAAAAUGUCCUUGGUUCUUUGAUGGACUUCACCGAUGCACUAAGUGGACACCAGCAUCUUGCAUCAUCGGUCCUUCCACUGCUUUGCAAGGCUGAAUCAAUUUUAGCAACACGUGACUCGGACAGCCAGUUAAGUUCUCGCAUCAAGGAUCGCGUGAGAUGUGAAUUACAAAGCCGAUACGAUGGAGAAGAACUACAGGCGACUUUGAAUUGUGCCACAUUUUUGGAUCCAAGGUUUAAAAAAACCUAUGUGUGUAAAGUGCAAGAGUUGGAAGAACAGUUGCACCAGCAGGUUCAAAAUGUGCCUUGUGCAGUCUCGACAGUAGAUGUCACAGUCAAACAGCCUCAACCUCAACAGCCCAGGUCAGACACGAGGGACGAGGUUGUGACCGAGAAAAGAGGAGAAAUUUUACAAACAGCCGUAGACAAUAUUACACUCUCUGCAGAUGCAACGCAGAGGCUCGGGAAGGAAUUGGAAAUAUACCACAAAAUCCCAGAAACAAAAACAGAAGAAGACCCCCUCAGCUGGUGGAGAGCACACGAGGACAGCUUGCCAAUCCUGUCUGUGUUUGCAAGGAAGUAUUUUUGUCUCUCUGCUGUGUGCUGUGCACCUGAUUGCAUUUUCAAUGCCUCAGAUACCUGGAAAAUAAUACGAUGGAACAGCACACUUUUAGUAGCACAACAGCAGACAGCUGUCAAAGACAGAGGACAGAGAGAUGUCUCGAAUUAUAAGUCCACAUCUGUCGAUUCGUGAGAACGGCCUUCUCUUUAAUUUACUGAAUCAGGAAUGCAAUGUAUUAGCAUGCGGUAUUGUUCAGCUGGUAAUCGCAGACCCCCCAAAAGAAAGAAAGUGGAAAAUUCACAGUUCUGGAGUUGCAUGUCUGCUGCAAGAUAAAACCAAACAUUCAGCAUUUAUAAGACUCUACUGUCUUAAGAAAGCCAAGCUGCUAUGGGAACAAGAGCUGUAUACACCGUUUGUGUACUCAGAGGCUUGUCCCUUUUUCCAUACUUUCUCUGGGGAUGUAAGUGACACGCAUUACUUUUAAACUCCAAUUUCAACUCGCUGAUCUCUCUAUAUAACAUCAGGACACUCCUUUAAAAGAGAUUUUUAAUCUCAGAGUUGUUUUCAUGGUUAAAUAAAUGUUUUUAAAAAUCUGCACACGAUUCUGGAGCUACAUAUAUGUGCAUAUGUGUGUUUAUAUGCAGGAGUGUCAGGCAGGGCUGAACUUUGCUAAAGAGGAGGAUGCCAAGCAGUUUUAUAUUGCUGUACAGAAGCAGAUCAGCGACAGUAAAGCGCACCCGGUACUUGUACGCAGUUACUCGGUUUCUGGAUUGAAAGAGAAACUUGAAAACUC